CGACCAAACGUGCAAGAAUAUAAAGAUCGGAAAAGAAAGGAGAAAAGUCCGCAAAGUGCGUUUAUCUGUGUACGCGUAUAAAUUUACGAAAGAGAAAAGGAGGUGCACGAUUAACCAAAAUGUGGCAACUUUGUCUAGUGUUAGCUAUCGCGUCGAGCAGAAGCGUGAUCGCAUUUCCACAGAACGAUGUGGUGGCUAGUGGCAAAGUCGAGAUUCAAACGAUACGCAGUACGUUCUCGGUGGACGGAUUCGUUUUCGACGGACCUGCAGACGGCAGAAAUGUCGCAACCACGGCAAGUACCAGUAGUUCUGCAACACCUUCGACGACUACGCAGGGUGCUUCCUUCGACGCUCGAUACGACCAGUGUGUAACUACUUGUCCGACGACGAGCGAAUACAAUCCGGUAUGCGGCUCCGACGACGUUGAGUACUCCAAUCCAGGACAAUUAACCUGCGCAUCGGCAUGUGGAAAAGAUGUUACCUUAAGACACUACGGAAAAUGCAGGACUACGAAGAUAAGAGGAUAGAUAACUUAAUGACUGCAUAUUACCGAUCAACAAUGUCGAUACGCGAAUGCUACUCACAUAAGACUAGUUUACCGCAUAGUUACGUAAUUGUCUAUUCAUCGUUGUUCCUUCUUUAAUACAAGUUUUGGUUGAAAAUAA